UGUGCUUGGCUCAAUAAUCCCCUCCCUGAGCAGCCACUGCAAGUGGUGUCGGUAGCGCAGCUGUCGUGUUGGAUGGGAUGUGUGUGUCGCUGUGUGUGUGUGGUCAAUAGUGAUGAAGUCCCACAGAACUGAGGAUUCAUGACGGUCAGUGGUGGGAGGGGCCCGUCAUAUACCAUAGUCACACUUUCGAGGUGGCCCUGGAAGUCCAGCCCCAAUAGCACAGGAGCGCACAGAUUAGGCAUGACCAGUAGCGCAAAGUUCCGAUGUUCUGUGCCUUGCACCACCAAAGUCGCUACACAACCUCCCCAGAUGUCUAUGGAAUGCGACCCAGAAACCAAAUGGAUCUUCUGACUUACUGGCCGCGUUGCGAGUCCGCAGCGUUGUACUGUGUCCGGGUGAAUGAAACUCUUAGUGCUGCCCGUGUCAAACAGGCAUCUAGUCCUGUGCCCCUCCACCCAGAUGUCCAUCAUGGACCUUGCAAGCUGGUGUGGGGCGCUUUGGUCGAGGGUCACAGUGGCCAGAGUUGAAUCGCCGUCGGGGUACCCGGUAAGCGUUGGGGGCGGGGCAUGCUGAUGCCGACAAAGAUGGCCGCCCACAUCCGGGGUACCCGGUAAGCAUCGGAGGGUCGGGGGCGGGGCGUGCUGACACCGACAAAGAUGGCCGCCCACAUCCGGGCAUACAAGUUGGCAGCCCCCAUGUCUCACCUGCAGCGCUGCACGCCGCUUGCAGUUUAGACUUACAGACCUUGGCGAAAUGGCCCCGCUUUCCGCAGCUGGAGCAGGUCGCUUCUCGCACUGGGCAGCGUUUUUGAGGGUGCCUUUUGAGUCCACAGAAAUAACAAAGCACAGGCUUCUGACGGGCCACCGCCGUGGUCGGGUUCAGGGAGCUCGUGGAAUCGCGACUGGUAGCGGCGAUUUCGCUCGCGGAAGCCGGCAGUGGGGUCUGAGGCGUCCACGGAACCGGCGGGGAAUCGUGCAGCUUUCAGAGCGUUGGCCGUCUCAAUCGCCGAGCGUAAGGAGGUCUUCUAGGAGCCACAAUUGUAGACUCUUUGGAUACACUCUUCAUUAUGGGUCUUCAAGAGGAAUUUAGAGAAGCCAAAGAAUGGGUGGAAAGCAAUUUGGAUUUCAAUGUGAAUGGAGAAGUGUCUCUUUUUGAAGUCACCAUCCGCUUUGUUGGUGGAUUGCUAUCGGCAUACUAUUUGACAGGUGAUGAGUUAUUCAAAAUAAAAGCAAUUGAAUUAGGAGAGAGAUUACUGCCAGCUUUUAAUACUCCUACAGGCAUUCCCUGGGCCUUGAUAAACCUCCGCAGUGGAGUUGGUCGGAACUGGGGCUGGGCUUCAGGGGGUAGCAGUAUUUUGGCAGAGUUUGGCACCUUGCAUCUGGAGUUUGUCCACCUAAGUGAGGUGUCAGGUAAUCCAAAGUUUGCUGAAAAGGUGAUGGCAAUCCGAAAAGUUCUAAAUCGGCUCGAGAAACCUCAUGGUCUUUAUCCCAAUUACCUUAGCCCUGUUACUGGACACUGGGGGCAGCAUCAUGUCUCCAUUGGUGGGCUUGGGGACAGUUUCUAUGAAUAUUUGAUCAAAGCCUGGCUUAUGUCUGACAAAACUGACGAAGAAGCAAAAGCCAUGUAUUAUGAGGCAUUACAGGCUAUAGAGACAAAUCUAGUGAGGAGAUCUGCCAGUGGUUUGACUUAUAUUGCAGAGUGGAGAGGUGGAAUACUGGAUCAUAAAAUGGGGCAUUUGGCAUGUUUCUCAGGAGGGAUGUUAGCUAUGGGAGCAGAUGAUGCACCAGCAGAUAAGUCUAAGCACUACAUGGAAUUGGCCGCAGAAAUCACCUUCACCUGCCAUGAAUCGUAUAAACGAUCAGCAACUAAACUUGGUCCUGAAGCAUUUCGCUUCGAUGGAGGUGCAGAUGCCGUUGCUACAAGAAUGAAUGAUAAGUAUUACAUCCUGCGCCCUGAAGUGAUUGAAACCUAUAUGCAUAUGUGGAGAUUUACCCAUGACCCCAGAUACAGAGAAUGGGGUUGGGAGGCAGUACAGGCUCUGGAGCAGUACUGUCGAGUAGAUGCUGGAUUUUCUGGAAUAAGGGAUGUCUAUAGUACCCUGCCACACCAUGAUGAUGUACAGCAGAGCUUUUUCCUUGCAGAGACAUUGAAGUACCUUUACGUGUUAUUCUCUGAAGAUGAAUUGCUGUCUCCAGAACACUGGGUGUUUAAUACAGAAGCCCAUCCACUACCUGUAAUACGCAGGAAUACACAGGAACAAGUGAUCACAAAUGAUCAGUAACAAAAUCUAUCCUGAAGAAAGGAUAUUCUUUAUCAGUCUUUGGGGUUGAAAUAAAUUUCCUUUCCAGUAAAGGACCUUUAUUGAAAUAAUUAGAAAUGAGUUGACAGCAGUUUAAUUGAUGUGUUGUGGUAUUUGAUCUAUUCAGGACACAUUGAUUUCCUCUAUGAGGAGUUGCAUGGCCUGUUGUCUGCUUGUGGUGGGCCACACUUUAAAGCCAAGUCUCAGAAAGACACCAUUUAUACCUAAGGUUUCAACAGAGGGAGAAUGCAAACAUCAAAUUGACUGUUCUUUUUAACCAAAGGAUUAAAAUGUCACACAUAGUAUUACUGUGGUUUGCUCCCUUUCUCAUUUUAUAUAAAAAACUUGUAUUUGUGUAAAGCAAAGUAAAUGCACAUUAAGUCAGUUAUGUUUAUAAUUAAAUUAGCACCUCUGAUUUCACUUGACAAAGUGUUGCUUUGACAUUACCAACUGGGUUCUGAGGUUCCAUUAUCCAAUAACAAGGCCUUUCAUUUUCUCUGCAAGAAAACUGAUUUGUAUAUUUGCAUAAAAUGUCUAGGUGCUGCCUUUACAUAUUAAUUAUUUAUCUGAAACAUCUAGCAAGUCUGUCCAGUGCAGGUAAGAAUAUGAUGUAAAUUAGUCACAGUGCACCAAGAAGGUGGAACUUCCUCUUCAAUGGGAGCAAAUUGUCCAUUUUACACUUUGGCAAUUCUGCAUUAUCAAAAAUAAAUUUUGUAGUUUAAUGCUUAUAUUUUUAUAUUCCAAUAUUCCAUUGUUUUCCAAUCUAUACAAAGUAAAACUGAAUUUUCUGCGAUAUUUUCAUUCCACCUUUUUUAUUUGAUAAUUAUAUUGGGCAGAAAUAGUAAUUUAUGCAGUGUAAUGCAAUCCAAAUACAUUACUUAGAUAAUUGUAUAACUUCUAAUGGCAGUCAUCAUGUGAAUUGCUCCAAAAUCAGUGUACAUAUACAUCUGACAUUUAUGACUGUUUUAACAUGGACAUUUUUUGUAAUAUAGCAUUUACUUUGCUUUUGAUUGCAUUACAUGGUCUAAUCUGAUCCCAGAUGUAUCUGCUAUUUCAGUGUAUCUCAUAUAUACAUUAAAUUUGUUUUUCUGAUAUUACUCAUAUAUUCAUAGUUUGGUCACAUUUGGUUAAUUAAAACAUGAAAUUGACAAACAAGAAGGUUUAACUAGCUAAUCAGUCAAGAACCAUUUUAUCUCCUGGAUGAGAUGAAGCCAGAUAAAAAUAAAAAUUCAAUUAUGUUGGAGCAAACUCAUUCUAUUUUUUUAGCCCCCUUAGGCAACUAAGUCAUUUCCUAAUCCAUGAGAUAUCCCUUGCCCUGAUUUACUUUGCAGUUUCCUAGCUAUUAUCUGUUCUGUUGUAGAAUCAUUUGCAUUGGGGGAAAAAAUACCCAGUCCCUUGGUUCAGUAUCAGUGCCCAUUCUCUACUAUACUUCUGAUUAAUACCUUUAUGAAUAAUUCCGUGGGUGUUGGUUUUCUAGGAUUUUUUAAAGGGCCUAAACAUGGGGGAUGAAUUGUAUAUGAUUCAGGUUGUGGUCUACGUACUGGUUAGUCUUUCCAGAUUGAAGAUUCCAAAAUGAACUGUCCACAUUUGACCCACUAAAUUGUCUUGAACACCAAACCCAUCACUCAGUUGGCCAGUUUUAGGAGAUGCUGUUUGAAACUCAGCUGGUAUCAGGCCCAGUCCUCAAUCUGCUACUGUUUUCUGACAACUCAAUAAACAUUUACCUUGACUGCCAAAGUCUAGGACUGCAAAUAACAAGUCUGCUACCCCUUUAUUUGAGAGGGAGUAUAAAAUAAUUGGCAGAGAAUGGGGCAAAGGAGAGAGAGCUACAAAUUUGAGGAGAGUAAUGAUGGAAAGCUGAGAGAUAGGAAAGAGUGGUGGGAGGGCAUAAUGGGGAAGAAGAAGAGAGAUGAUGGUAGGCUUUUCAGGUUUUGUAACUAAGCUGUAAAUUUUCAUAUACUCUGUACUGUCUGCAAAUUGAGCAGCUCCCAAUCACUUGGAUAGGAAACUGUGGAAAAGCUGGUCACAAUUUUCUCAAGAAGUACUUUUUGUCUAACAUUUAAAUCCCUCAAUUUAUGUACAUGUAUUCUGUUUUCCUUGAUAAUUUAAAACUCUUUUGAAAUGAUACUUCAGUUACUAUAAGGGUAAGGCUUCUAAUAACUAUAAGUUAUUUAACGUUGCCCCUGAAACCUCUUCAACAACUUGCUUUGCUUAUCAUCUUCCCUUCCACAAUAGAACCAUAGAACAUUACAGCACAGAAAAUAAGUGAAGAAAUUCUCUAAUUUUUCAUGCUUUUUUAAAUUACUAUUACCAUUGGAGGUAAAAUUCAGGAUUCUCUUUCCAGACUGUCAUUCCUUUCCCAUGAUGUGCCCUAAACCUCACCACAAUUGUAACCCUGUUAGUGACUCGAAGUGUUUCAGUAUCUGCUCCUGGUUCCUAAAUUUAGAUACAAACCCAAAAUGUCAGAUUACUUCAUAUGAUCUUUUGUAGGAUGUGAUAGGUAAAGCCAGUUUAUAAUUUGACCUAGCAGCAUGUGGAAAUAGAGGGAGGAGGGAGGUGCUUGCUUUUUGGAAGGUGAAUUUUGAUUUUUUUUAUGGAUCUAGUUCAGUGUCCUGUCUCCAAAAGCACAAGGCAUUAAAUCUCAGAGAAAAUAGAUCAUGUAUAUUCAAAGGACUGCCAUAAUAAUACCAUCAAUAAUAGCUUCUAUAUCCUGGUAGGGUAAAAAAUAAAAUAAUUAUGCAGGUUCCAGGUAACCUGAAUAUGCAUAAUUGUAUUUUGCUCCAGCUUUGUGGGUGCAUUUUUCAUAUAAAGAGGUAUUCCUGAAUUCAUAUCUGUAAUAUAAACCUUCCAUUUGUUGUUCACUUCCAGCAAUGUAACAUGCCCUGCCUCUAUCAGUACCAUAAUACUAAUAGUGUGUAAAAAGUCUACACUAAAUAAUGGAAAAUGUCCCCGAUAAAUCGUCAAAAAUCUCUGUUUCUCAAAGUUGGCAUCCUCUGAAUGUACUGUGAAAGAUUCUCUGACAUCCUGUACUCACUUUUAAAAUUGCCUGUGUGCCUGUUUUUUUAACACUCACGGCUCUUUAUUCUAGUUUAAAAAUCUCAGUAUGGUACAAACUAUUUAAUCUGAGCACUUUCAUAUUUUUUGCAUUAAAUUAUAGAUGCCAGAUAUCUGCCCAUUCCAUCAAAGUCCACUAACUUCACAAUGUCUGCUUCUGGGUGUUAUCAGUAAGUUUCAAUAUACACUAAUAUUAUAUGCUAGUCCAAACCUAUAAUUUAUUUUAAAACAAAGGUCACAGCAAAAAUCUUAAGUGUGUCCUAUUUCUUGCAAACCAGAAACCUCUGCAUUCUGUGCCCAGCAAGCUCUCAGUCUGUUUUUACUCUUCUUCUUCGGAGUCCCUUGGAAUCAGGGAUGACUUGCUUUCAUUCUUUUAUAGGUUCAUAUUCUUCCACAUAUGGGGCAUAAUGUCCUUGUCAGGGUAGCAGGAGGUGGUUCAAAUGUGAUGCUUCUGAUGUUCCCAUCAGCUGUGGUACAUGCACAGAAUUAGUGUUCUCAAAACAACUUCAAAUAUCUUUUCUCCACUUUAAGCAGUCAUGGGCAAAAAAUUUCAAAGAGUCAGUGGGGAGUAUAAUUACAUUCCUUUUAAUACCAUAUGCCUUAAUGCUUGUAAGAAGUCUUUUUGACAUUUUCUCAAACACCAUUUAAAUUUCUAAUGUACAUCAUUCUGUAUUUCUAUUUGAGUUCUGUAAAUUCUUCAUAUAAAUUCAAUUAAAUUUGUUGAGCACGGUCUGGCUGACGGUGGCUGCUUCAUGACAUUAAUUCUUCACUAACUUGCUGCACAUUAAACACAUAAGUAGUUCAUUAAUUACUGAAAGAAGACUAAGUGGCUUGUAAUUGUUUUAUCCCAUUCCCAGUUUAUAGAUAUGGUCACUAUAAGAUCAUUUGACACUUAGAAAAUGAAAAAAAAAUUAUUAUAGAACAUUUUUUUCAAUUUUCUGUUUUACCAUGAUAGAGAAUGAAAGAUUUAUUCAGAUAUAUUUGAUGUUUAAGUGCAUGAAUAGUGCAUGGAGCCAGAUUAAUGCAGAGAUAAGGGGUCAGUAUUUUAACAGAUUUUCUGUAAGAUUAGUGACAUCCUAAAAUCUUAAUGCAGAAUUUAUAAUUUUAAUAAUGUGGUAUUGGUGAAAAUACUUGAGCCCUGACUUGAUUUCUGCAUCAGGAAUGCACCUUGCAAAUUGUGUUUUCAAAAUUCCCUUGUCCUCCAAUUUAAGAGAUGCAGAGCUAUAAUUUCACACCUCUUGCUUCCCCACUCCAAGUUCACAGCACAAACUCCUCUGGGCCUGUCAACACCACUACUUGAACCUAGCCCUACAAAAGAAGGCUUGAAUAGCACUUUUUUUGUUGGAAUCUUGCUGCUGAGUCAGUGUACAGUAUAAUAUUUGUUUUUGGUGUAUUAGCAUUUAGUGCUUUCUCUCAACUCUAAUUCUCAUCUACUCCUAAAUAUUCCAUUUAUCUCUUGCACUUUAAUACUUCUUUCACAUUCCUUUUAAGUGCACUUUAAUGUUCCAGCCAGCUUGCCUCUACAUUUGAAUGCCCACUCAUCUUGAUUCUGCACUUUAAUACUUCUCUCAUCUAGUCAUGAUGCACUUUAACAUUUCCUGCCUCUCAGCAUUACCCUUUAAACCUCUCCUCACUUGAGAUUGCUGUUCGGUAUUGCUUUCAACUACUUACAGUUCACUUUAAUUUUCCUCUCAACCGAUUUCACUGCACUUUAACUUUCCUCUCACCUUUUCUCCGUGCACUUUAAAGCAAUGAUCAGCAUGGAUAAUGCAGGCAAUGAGUUAAUUGGAGAGCCAUUUUUGCAUCCAUGUGUUUGGGUGCAUACUCCUGGUAUGGAGUCUGGUCGGUGCUAGAAUAUUUUCUUAAAACAGUAUAAACCCUAUUUUUCCCAAAUCAUUGAUACUUCAAUUCAACUGUGCAUCUAACUAUUAUUAACUGGAUUUCUAAUGAUUUCUGCUAGCAGUUGGUUCAGUAUUGUGGGGAAAACUUGGGAAGUGGGGCUAGGCCAGAAUAGCAAGUUCAAAAUCUGCUAUAUUUUAAAUUUUCUGGUGGUCUUGCCUCGUUUACCAAUUUUCUUGUACAACUUUCUGUAAAUCCUCGUCUUCCACCAGCUAGUAAAUCAUAUGCAACAGGAUCCCAUCUUCUCACUUUCAGGUGUCCUUCAUCUAUUCUCAGAACAAUGAUACCUGCUUGAAAGAAAGCAAUGUUGAAGAUUGUGGAUUUAAAAUGCAAACAAUAUUUUCCAAUAAAUAUGAGUCAGCUAAUUUAAACAAUUGUUAGGUGUGUAAAAUUCAUCAACAAUUUAUCUAAAACAAACCAUUGCAACAUUUCUCAUCUCUCACUCCUCAUUAAAGUCUUUUUUUUAAAGUCUCCAGCCCCAUCAGUGUCAGUUCUUCCAUUUACUUAGACUGUAGAUAGAACAACUAUGGAGUGACAGUGUAUUUAAUGUCCAUUUUGCUUGCCAUCAGUGAAUGUUUUAACAGUUAAUGUGAAGAGGAAGUACAGUCACUACGGUGUUACUUUUUUCUCAGUCAAUAUUCAGAUAAUUGAUUAAAAAGUCAGACAAAGCACUACUCUCAAAAAUCUAAAAAUAUUUUUCAAAAAGAAAAUAACUUAGUAGUGGCUAUUCUGCACCAGUAUUUUGCCUAGUGUACUACAGUUUCUUGUUUCCAAAGGAGAUCAGCUAAAUUAGGACCAAUUGUAGAUCUAUUCUGUUCCACUCUGGAUCUGUUCCACAGUAGAUUCAGAGUCUACACAGAAAGAAACCACUCAGUCCACCUGAUCUUCAUUUCCUUUUGGAACUGCUGACCAGUUCUAUUCUCGGCCUAAAGCAUUGACUCUUUAUUCCUUGCCAUAGAUGCUACCUGUCCUGCUGAGUUCCUCCAGUAUUUUGUAUGUUACCCUGGAUUUCCAGCAUCUGCAGCAUCUCUUGUGUCUACUCUUUUGGUCUCUGACUUUGGCUCUUCAAAGUUUUCUGUUUCAUGCUUUACCUUAUUUUUUUUUGAAUAAAUUGUGUGCAUGAUCCCAUUUUGACAUAGACUUCAAAUCUCAGUUGUUCUACAAAAACACACAUUCCAUACAAGUUAUUGACCCUUCAAUUUCUCAACAUUUAUUAGUUUUCAUGCUCUUGUGCUUGAAGAUGAGCAAUGCCAGCUUUUCCAUAAUCGUAAUCCCUGUGGGGCCAUUUUAGUAAAUCUCUUCAAAGCCUUCAUGUCCUUCAAGGCUAGUAUUAUUCCGUACUAAUCCAAGUCACCGUUAAAUUUCUUCCAGAUUAUUGUUUCUGUAAAGUCCCCACCUCUGAAAUUAAUCACUCUUUCUAAGUACCAGGUCCACAGUUCUCUCCAUAGUUGAAAAAGGGUGCACUUCUAGUCCUUUCAUUGGAAGAUGGUGGCUAGCACCUCUUCAUUUCCUACCUAAACUUCUGGGAGAAACCAUGAGUCCAUUGAUCUGGACCAUGCUUCAUCUUAUUUGCAUCUCAGUUGUUAUCCCAAUAACCUGCUCAGUUGCCACAGCUUUAUCGAUAUCCUUUGCUUUGGUCAGUAUCUAUCCCGAUCAUACAUAUUAUUUGAACGUUCAUGGGCUUGAUUAAUCAUCUGACAUCAUUUUGUCAAAUGUACUCAUUGAAGAUCUUUGAUUCCACUUUUACAUUGGCAAUCAAAGUAUUCUUGUACUUCUCCCCUUUGUUUUGAACUUCUCCAACCUUAUCACCUUGAUUCUUCCUUGUGUUGUCAAGCUGACAUUUGUUCUUUCUCUGUUUCGACCUACUCUAACCACCAUACCACCUACAUCACUGCUCUAAUUACACUCCUUCCCCUCUUGAAGAAAUGUAACCAGACUAUAUCCAAACCAUUGAUUUCUGGGGUAUUCUUUGGACAUUGUUUUAGAAAGCUAUUUCUUGUUCUAAAAAAAAAUCAUGUCACUCUUGGUACUUAGGUUCAGACUGCAUUGUAAUCUCCAUAAAGCAUUGUGCUCAGUCUUUCAGAUUUAUCAACUUAAUAAAACUUAACUCAUAGAUUGAGAAUUGUGGUAUUGGAUUAAAUAAAGGCACUCAUUUCAACAUAAUUUGUCUUUCUUUUCAAUCAUUCCUUGCAAAUCAGUUCAGCUGUCAUUUUAGUUGCCCACAAAUUCAUUUAAAGUGUACAGGUUGCCUGUUGCAGGUAAGGUGAGAGAGUGUAGUAGCCACAGAGUUUCAGCCAUAAUCUCAUUGAAUGUUGGGGUGACUCAGAAAGCCACAUGCACUGCUGCUACUCCAGUUACUGAACACCUUUGUUCAAGUAGAUUCUGUCUUUGACUUUCUCAAAGAAUGCUGUCUUUUCAGGCAGUGAACCAAAGCUGCCAAUAUAGUAAUUCAUUCAUUUAGCACUUCAGAAUACUUCUGUUCUUUAAAAUACUGUGCUGUUGGACACUUACAAACAGUUUAGUCUGAGCACUUAUAACUUAUUUUGAUAUUGAUUGACAAUAAUUAGUGGAUUACAGUUAAAUUUAUGAAUAUUGAAGCAUUACUAUUCAUGGUGAUCUUGGAUUCUGGCUGACUACAAAAUAUUCUUGAUCACUGGAAGAUAUUGAGGCCAUGUUAUUGUUUAAGUAGUAUGGAACAAUGUGUUGAAUUCUGAUAUCUCAUCAAGUUACUUGAUUAUCAACAUGUAACUGGCUCAGGUGGAUAUAUUAAAAUGUCAGGAUAAUCACUGGCCUAACAAAUGCAUGUAUUGACACAUUUAUAACCAUAAUAAUUGAUCCUCCUGUGCAUUUUGUGUUGGUUCUUUACACUUGGGACCCACAACAGGUUAAUGUUUACAUGACAAAGUAUAAGCAAUAAUCUGAAGCACAUGGAAUUCUGACUAGUAGCUUUGAUGCAUGGAAAAUGGGAAAAUAGAGAACUCAACAGCAACUAUUUUGCUUUUUUAAUUUUUUGGGUUUAUGUAUUCAUUGGUCCUCUGGCUAUUUCAUCUUUGAAUUUGAAAGCCUCCAGCAAACUAACUGAUUUAAUUUAUUGUGCUUGAUUCUAGUAGAAGUAUGUGAUGUACUUUCCUGAUGAGCUUAUUGAUGAAUUAUAUAUUCAUUGCAUUUGUAUCAAAUCUACUUGGGACAUACAGUAUUCAUGCAUAAAAAACAUUUUAAAUGGAUGUUAUUUAAACCCCUUAGCAAAGUGUACCUCAGUUGGUUCCCUUUGGCAUAUAGUGUAUAAAAAUCAAUAAUUAUCAAAUACUGACCAAAUUAAUAAGUAUUUUUCCUGAUAAAUUGAUUCCAAAAUGAACACAUUCUCAAAUGAUUGUUUUACAUCAGCAUCUCUGUGUGGUAAAAUUGAUAUUAUGUGGAGAUAAUAGCCGCCCUUAAGGGGAAAACAGUGGAGUUUGUAAAGAGCAAUGUCAGCUUCAAUACUCUGAAUCUAUUCAUUACAUCAGAUCAUGAAAUGCCAAGUGUUUCUUACACAAUGCAAUACACAGUAUUGUGCACUGAUUGCAUAACAGUACAUAUACAUCAAAAAAAGUAUUUUAUACAGUUAGCUUUGCAUGUUGUAAGAUGGAGGAGUUAAAUAGAAAAAGUUGCUGUGCUGGCGUUAUGCUUAGAAAUCAGGUGAAUAAAGAGGACAUAUUUUAUGUUGCAAGGUAUUUUAAUUUUUGAGUAUUUGUAUUUUUCAUUUUAGAUCAAAUGUGUACUUCUAGAUUUGUGUUGAUAUUGAAUUUCUGUUAAAAUUUUAAUCAAAACUCUGCAAGAUUGCAAAGGACGCAAAACCAAUGUGAAUUUUUUCUAGUGCUCUAAAAAUAAUGUAAUUUUUCCAGUUAUGAAAGACCAAGAUAUGUAAUAAGUUUGGUAUAUUGUAACUAAUAACCUUUAUAAUUAAAUAUUGAUAUAUUGCCACAGACAUCAAA